AUGCCAGUGAGUAUCCACAACAUAAUCUUCGUUCUCGGCGGCCCAGGCUCCGGCAAAGGCACACAAUGCACCCUACUGAGCGCGCAGCGAAAUCUCAAGCAUCUCAGUAUUGGUGACAUCCUACGGACCGAGCAGCAGAACCGUAGCUCCGUCUGGGCCACCAUCAUCAAAGUCAACAUCAGUAAUGGCCUGAUAGGCUCCAAGGAAAUGACUGUCGGGUUGCUCAAGGAUGCGAUGCUGAAGCAUGAAGAGAUGGAGCCAGGGACGCGAGGGUUCCUUGUCGAUGGAUUUCCGAGGACACUUGACCGUGCGAAAUACUUCGAAGAGACGAUUGAAGAGCCGCUUGCCGUUGUCGUGCUGCAAUGUCCUGAGGGGAUCAUGAGGGACAGAUUGAAAGUGAGAGCCGAGAUGCUCGGUCGGGUGGAUGACAAUGACUUGGCCAUACAAAAACGGUUGGACACUUUCAGUAACGAGACGCAAGAAGUGAUCAAUCAUUACGAGAAGCGAAAGUUGCUCAUCAACGUUGACGGUUCGGGGUCGAAGGAGGAUGUCCAGGCUCGGUUUGCGGCUGCGGUGGAUAUGGCACUUGCAAGAACGAAAAGCAACUCUUCACAGAAGGGGUGA